UUUUCAGGUGAAACACCUACACCAUCAUUAUAUGAAGAAAGAAGAAAGAAGAAAGGUAUAGUGGUCCUGUAUUAAAUAUAUGAAAUUAAAACAUUCUUCUAGAACUGUCGGUAAUGACUAAUGUGGUCACCCAACUACAUAUAGGCCUAAUAUUUUAACUGUUAAAAAAAUUUAUUCCAAUACAGUUUCAGAAAAUUACAGUCAAAGUCCUGCUGUUGGUAAAUUACCCAUUGAACUGGAACAAUUAACUGGUAUUUAUUUCAUUCUUUAAAGUUUAAGUAGUGUAACAGCACCUUUGUUCAAACUCUAAGUAUGUUUUUGUUUUGUCAAGUCGUUAUAGUACGGUUUUAAUUCGGAGAACGAAGCUGUGUACUGGCUUAACAUGUCAAUUCAAUUCAAUUUCAAUUUAUUUAAGUUUAAGUUUCACAAUACAUUUUCAAAAACAACCAUAUCCCGCGAUUUUAUCAUUCCUUUAUUUCCUUUAGUCUCAGAUGAAAUUUUUGAUGGAUUUAUUUGUUAUGCGAAAGAAGACAGAAGCUUCGCACUUGAGAUACUCACGCGGUUGGAAGCUCCUCCAUAUUGUCGUAAAAUUUGUAUCGACUUUCGUGACUACGUACCAGGAAAUUGUCGAUUGGAUCAAACAGCUAAGAUCAUAGAACAUCGAUGUAAACAUUUAGUUGCUAUUUUGUCGCCAAAUUUUACAAAUUCUUCAAAUGCUGGUUUUCAAGUCAGGAUCGCGUUGAAUUUAUCCCCAGGUGAGUCUAACCUGCAACGUUAAUAAACCACUAGGAAAGAUGUUGUAAUCUUUGUCGAUCUCACCCUGUAAAAAGUAAUGGGCACUUGCGAAAUUGUUUUUGAGAGGAGGGAGGUAGGAUGUGGGUUAAAUUGCCCACAUAUAGCCACCUUUUGCUCCUGGAAAUCUUAGUUCUUUAAACUUUUUUUUGCGUGAACUCUCGGUUGUACUGAAUUAGUUUUAAUGUUAAGAAUGUCCAAAGUACCUUUUGUCUGAACUUUUUCAAUACCCAUGCAAUAAAAUUUACCAACGCAUUUUUCACGUAUACUAUUACUGCGUGCAGGAAAGGUCUGUUGGCAUCAAACAGCCCUUGUACAAAAAUAGGUACGCACUGCGCACAUGUGGCUAGCCUAUUCACUAUUCAGCCUGUCGAAUACAGCUGGAGUUCACAUUGUCAUGAACAUUCAUCACAAACAUUCAUUGUGAUACAAAAUUAAUAAUUACAAUAGAAGAAUGUUCAAAAUAAAACAGAUGUUGAGUAUCUUUCUUACAAUGCCAAGAAAUGGCUACAAUCACUCGAUUUAAAUGCAAUGGUUGGUACUUGCUAGCAAUGGUGCAGCCAACAAUAUUAUUGAGUCACAAUUUAAUUAAUAAAUGUUUUGCUUUAAUAAUAAACAUAUAUGCAGCAACUAAUGAUGUCACUUUUAUUGUUUUUCAAAAUUUCACUAAUAUGUAAUUCACUAAUUUCACAAAUAUGUAAUUCACUAAGAUUUCAUUACAUGGGUUUCUUGUUACAAAUAUAUUCUGGUGUCUGGUUUACAAGUUAUUAGCUUUUCUUGAAACCUUUCAUAAAACCUUUAACCCAUUAAGCUGCAGAGCUUCCCCACUAACGAGUAAAAUCGUCUGGCGUUAGACAAGUAAAAAAAAGUAGGGCGCAAUGGGGCGCAUUGCGGCUCAAUGGGUUAAAUUCAAAGUUCUUCAUUAAUAUAAUAUUUAAUGCUAGAUUUCUAAACAGUUUUUAUUUAUUGUAAUUUAUAAGAUCUAAAAGCAUCGGAAUUUAUAAUGAACUCAUCCAAUCAAUUGGGUCAUUCCAGAAAACAUUCAUACCACCCCCACAGAGGAAAUUGGAAGUUAACCCCGGCCUACCCCCUUGUGAUGUCCUAAUACAUUUAUCAGAAACAAUUUUGUCUCCCCUCCCCCUCCGGACAGCAGAAAUUUCCUCCGUGGGGGGAGUAUGGAUCUUUUCUGGAAUGACCCAUUAUGUCAUCACCACUAAAACUUUUGUCUGAUAGUUGUAUUGUCCUCAUGAUGAUACUUGCAUAUCAUGAUCUUCCUAUAUUAUCCUAUUUUAUCACCAGUCACCAUAUUAUCAGCAAAUUGUCCAGAAUAUGUGUUCACUUAGUCGUUUGAAGUACUGUAGAUGUCAUGCAUCACUGUGAUUUUGAAUUGGGCUUUUAUCUGUAAAUUGUUUAAAAUUAAGAACCAAAUACAGUGUAUUUACUGGCAGAUCACAAAAAUGAAAUAUUGUAAAUGAUGCAGGUAUAAAUUUAAACAACAUUUAACUCUAGCUAUAAAAGUAUGAACAUGCUACUCAAUUGACACUGCUGUUAUUAAAUGCUGAAAAGAAAGGUUGAAACUUGUCGAUAUGACCUCAGCACAUUAUGGCUGUGGGUUUGCUUUUUCAUAUACCCUCUCAACUGCUAGGGUCAGUGUUGUAUAGUGAUUGCACUGAUCUUCAUGAACGUAGCAAAGCAUCUGUCAUUAGGUGGGGGGUGCCUGAGAAUUUUACCUGAAAUUUGAACUUCAAUGUUAAAAAUCUACCUGAAGUGUAAUAAUUCCACUGUCAUACUAAGUUCCCUAAGAAAAGCUCCAGAACUGCAUUUCUGGUGUUUUCUAAAGCACAUUUACAAACAAAUUGGAUCUAAAUUGACUGUAUCAAAAAUGGUUAUCAUUUCACAAAAAUACCAACUUUAUUAUGCAAAUUUUACCUGAAAAUGUUAAGAUUUAUACUUGAUUUUGUGAGGUUUACACCCCCACACUCCCUGUCGCUAUGUCCCUGCUGAUCUUUAUAGAUCAGAUAUUAUUUACAUCUGGACCGGAUAUCCAAAAAUAAACUGCACCUACAGUUGCAUUUUUUGCAGCUGUUCCUGGUUAGGUCUUAUAAUGAAUGUAAAUACAUUUUCACUCAAUUAUUUCCAUCUAGAAGAUUAAUAUUCAACUGUACGUAAACAGACUUAGCUUCCAUUGCACUGUGUGUGAAAUUGUGGUGGGAAACAAUCCUUGAAUCGGCAAUAGAUCUCAAUAAUAGCACCCGUUAAUUUGCAGUCGGUGCGAUGCCAAUGACCAUUAAUUUAAAGACUAUAGUAAUUGCUGCGGAGCGAGCGAGCCUGAAGCGAGCGAGCGUAGCAGCAACCUAAUAUAUGCAGAGAGGGGGUUUUGAACUAAAUUUUAUUUAGCGCAUGGAAUUGUGGUCGUGCGCGAUUUCUAUGCGCAGAACACACAUUUUAAACUCGUUCGAGUUUUUUAUUUUUACCGAAUUUCUAAAGCUUUUUCAUGUCUAAUGUUACGCUUACAUUUGUAUUGGACUUUGGCCACUGUCAGUUCUAUAUUUUUAUAAAGUUUUGGUUUCUUAGUGUGAUAAAUCUGUGUAUAUAGUCUAUAUAAUGUGGUACAUGCGCCUAGCAGUAAACAGACUUGAUAUGAAAUCUGAUCUUAAUUUACCUGUAUGUCAAUGAGACGCACAUGUUUAAUAUCUGUCACCUCUGAUUGCCCUUUAACCACUUUAAUACUGGAAGAACUGGAAGUGGAGAUGCCUCACUUAGCAAAAUUACAGUUGGUACUUCGAAAUUACAGUUGGUACUUUGCUACUUCAAUAUAUAUUGCUUCUUCUCAGUUCCAUUCACAGCUCACUAGUCGCUGCGAGUAAUCACUGUGCUUGAUAUAAUCUGUGCUGUUUACUGUAGUUCUAUUUGCUUUUAAUGCCCGCAGCAAUCCCUACCUUGCAGGUAUCCUAGUGUAAAAUAUACCUGCAGUAAGUGGAUAGGGCAGUUCUAGUAUAAUAUAACAGCAAUGGGCUUGCUUCUUAAUUUACCCACAUAAUGAUAUAUUAAAAUUCAAGAUCUGUGCAAGCACAUUUGAUUAUAAACAGUAUUAUAAACUCACUAUAAAGCUUUAUAUGAAGCGUGAUCAAAAUAUCUUUGACUAAAAGCAGAGUCCAGACUAUAGCAGACAUGAAUAGCAAUGACAUGACAGAUUCACAAAUUAUGAACAUAAAUUUCGAUUGAAAUAACGAAAAUUAAACUUACCGUUUGCUGUGAAAAAUUCCUUCGAGUAUUUCUACCAGCGUUACUAACUGUAAUUUUGCUAAGUGAGGCAUCUCCACUUCCAGUUCUUCCAGUAUUAAAGUUGUUAAAUACCUUUUCUGAUGCCAUGAACAUUGAACGACAGUUUCCGAAGUAAAGUCGACAAUCUCCGUCACAACUUCACAUAGUCUUACAAUUUUAGCGUUACAUUGUGGCUAGCCCGCGAAUGGGCUAGCCACAAAAACGUAUGUUUAAGCUGCCUUGAUAGGUCGGAUAGACUUAGGUUUACGUAGUGCUGGUGGCACAUUAAUUGGUUGUUAGUGCAUACAGUAAUUAUUACUGCAUGUAUCAGGGGGGAGGGGGCGAUUCCUACACUGUUGUCUGAUUAUAAUGACGCGUCAUGAGGCAUGACAGUUACUUCACUGAACGAAGGUGAGAGUUGACGAGAGUUGAUCUUGCCAGGCGUUUGACUGUCACCUCUCGUUACCAGCCACCUCUCGUUGCCAGCCACUCGUGCAUUUUCAUAAACUCUCAUCAACUUUGAGCUGGUUAAAAUUUGAUAAGAGUUGAUGAGUGUUUUUACUACGCGAUCGGUAAUAUCCAAUCAACUUUCGUGCAACUUCUCUUGUCGUUGUGGUAAGAGAAAACUCUCAUGCAACAAAACUCUCAUCCUCGAUAUUGACUGGAUUGAAUAUGUAAUUUUGGUAAAUUUUUAUUAUUAUACUACAAAUAAUAAAUGUUGAUGAGUGGAAUAUGAAAAAAUCGUUCACCGAAUGGAAAUAUUUUUACUAUUGCACGAAUGAAAAGAUUUCUUAUUUGUUUUUUAUAUAGCAUCAAAAUAAAUCAAUAACAAUGUGCAAUGUUUAAAAUUAAUAGAAAUCCAACAAAUAUAUGUCCCAAAAAAUAUUUUAGACAACGAGAUCGCUACCAGACAUGCAUCAGCUAGAGUUAUUUAUGCCAGCUUGAGUAGACUGACUUAGUAUACUCCAGACUGACUAGUAUACUCUAGACUGACUUAGUUUCCUCCUAUAGUCGUACCAGGCAGGACCGCUGUAAAUAGUACAAAAAUGCACGGCUGAGAGUAACUGGUUAUUUUUAUUCCAUAUCUCGUGAUCAUAACAAGCAAAUGAAAUAACCAAAAUUUAACUUGGGUGUUAUAUAAUAUUUAAUUAUUGUAUCGCGUUGCGUUGCGUUGCAUUGUAUAUACCAUUAUGGGGAAUUAAUGUUUCUUUUUAGAUUUUGACCAACGUCGAGUGAUCCCAAUCUUGUAUGAAAAUUGCGACAUUCCAGAAAUUUUAAAGCCAAUCUAUCAUCUAAAUUAUGGAGAUUCCAGUGAACAUCCUUAUUUUUGGAAAAAGCUUGCUGUAGCUCUUGGAUAUAGCGAACCAUACAGACUUAGAGGAAGUCCGCGAGGCAGUCCGCAUACGGAUAAGAAAUAUAAACAGAUCGUGGAGAAAAAAGAAAGCCCAGCAACGAAAAAGAAAUCCAGAGGUGGUCUGUUCAAUAUUAUAAAAAAAGAUUCAAGAAAGUAAAAUUCUAUUCUCCAGCAAUUGACGCAUGGAGUUGUUACCAUGCUGUCUCAAGCGAUGUCCGUAAUGCAAUGCAAUGCACUUAAAAAGUUUGAAAGAACAAAAACACAAUUUAAACUGAUGAGAAGCGACCUAGGAUAUGUUCUCGGGCAUUUUUUUCUCAAAUAUUUGAAAUCCGGUUUUCUAUAAAGAUGCUAUACUCUUCACACAGCCUUACAGUGACACUUUGAUUGGAAGCUGUAUAAAGUUUUUGUGACUGAGAAAUAUAUCGCAUGCAAAUGGAUUUACACUUGAAUACAUCGGCGACAGAUAAGAAAAACUGAAGAACGUGGCCGAUUUGUUCACGUUGUUUUGCUUCACAAAUAGCAAAAUAAGAAUUUUAAGAAUUCAUUGCCACAUGUACGUUAUAUAAUUUUAUAUGAUAAUCUGAGUUCAAAUUUAUAUGAUAAUCUGAGUUCAAACUGCCGUUUGAUUGGUCGAGAGCAAUGAUCUAUUAGAGGGACGCACGAAUGACGCCAUUUCUAUAGUGCGGAGAUAUCUUAAUGCAUGCCAUUGCAUGGCCACAUUUUGAAGGAAGAUUAGUUAUCCUAGUUAUAAAAUGCCUUAAAAACCCAAGUAAAAAGAACCAAACGAUCUACAAAAACUACAAAAAUAAAUUAAAACAUUUAAUCAAAAUAACAAAAAAAGUUUAUUUUGAAAAUCAAUUUAUUAAGUACAAAAACAAUAACAAAAUGACAUGGCAAACUAUAAAUCGAAUAUUAAAUCGAAAUAGAAACAAAGAAAGAUUGCCGGACACGUUUCAACAAAAGAAUUCAGAUGUUAGUUUUUCUGACCCAGUUGUGAUCGCAAACAAAUUUAAUGAAUAUUUUGUAAAUGUUGGACCAAAUUUGGCAAAAAGUGUAAAAAAAAAAUGACACAAUAAAAUACGAAAAUUAUCUCAAAGGUAAUUAUCCAGAAAGUAUGUUCGCUGAACCUAUUACUGAAUAUGAAAUAAUAACUGAGAUUGAAAAACUAAAUACAAACAAAAGUGCAGGAUAUGAUGAAAUAAGUUCUAAAAUGGUAAAAAAAAUAAAAUACGAGAUCAGUAAACCUCUUGCACAUAUUUUCAACUUAACUAUUCAAAACUGAAUAAUCCCAGAUUUGUUAAAUGAAAAACAUUUGUUUGAAAAUUAUAGACCAAUAUCGGUUCUCUCCUGUUUUUCAAAAUUGCUUGAAAAACUGAUGUAUAAAAGACUGAUUUCAUACAUUGAGAAAAAACAAAUUUUAUCUAAACAUCAAUAUUGUAUUUUCCUUGAUCUAUCUAAGGCUUUUGAUACAGUAAACCACGAAAUUCUUUUAAAAAAAACUUGAACAUUAUGGUAUAAGAGGAAAUUGUCUUAAAUGGUUUGAAAACUACUUAUACAAAAGAACGCAAAUUGUUAAAAUUGGUAAUCAUAGAUCAAACAAAAGGACAAUAUCUACAGGAGUUCCGCAAGGAUCAAUUCUUGGACCACUACUUUUUCUCUUAUAUAUUAAUAACAUUGAAAAUUGUAGUAAAAUUAUUUCAUUUGAUGACACUAAUGCUUUUACACUAAUGAUGACACUAAUGCAUACUGUCACAAUGGAAUUGUGGCGCACUUCUAACUUCUGCAACGUUCUGAAAUCUUGUUAAGAACACCCUAACUCUUUUGCCUUUUCUUAAUCUUGGCAAGUUCAGAGUAAACUGAGAAUUAUAUGAAACACAAUCAAACCAUAUAACUCCAUAAGACAUAACAAUUAAGAAAC